CAAUCAACUUUCUACACAACAAUCAGUACUUAUGUGUUUUGUGAGUCUGUGCUGUGUAAAAAAAUAUAAUGCUGGAUGAAAACGUACCGAUAAAAAUCCCCUGUCUAUAAAUCGUAAUUAUGAAUCUAAUCUUAUAUUUUACUGAAAGACCUAAUAGCGCUAGUUUUUAGGUUAUCAAAUUUGUCACCGUUUGAACUUUAAAAAAAGAACUUUAUCGCUAAACGCUGCUGUUUUUCUGGUUUUAAUAAAUAUACCUGAUUAUUAUAUCUGAAUUUGCGAUUGCUGAAAUGGAUCCUAAUGAGAUAUCAGUUCUUCCAUUAUUCCCCAUUACCACCACAACUGCACCCAACCCCUCAACUUCUCUGUUUCCAGCUUAUUAUUUGCAAGGGCAAAAUGAUGACAAUAAGAAUGCUGAUCCCGAGUGGCUAAACAACAGUAGUUAUGCUCCCUCGAAUAAUGAAAUAGUAUACAGCAAACUAGAGAAAACUGUUGAUUGUGAUACUGAACAUGUUAGAGCAAGCAAGAAAAUCAAGCAUUCGAAGAAGAAAAAAGCUAAACACAAAAGUGUUACUCCAAAUACAACUAGUGAAACUUUUGUAGUUCCAGAAAAAGACUCAAUUAGAAGUUACUUAAGUAAGAAGACAUUUAUCGAAGAAACUGGACUAUCCUAUGAACGAGCUUAUCGAGUGGACCAACAUCGAGAUCCAGAAAAUAUUUAUUAUGAACACUUGGAACAAAAAUAUAUUGCAAAGUACAAAUUAUAUCCAAGAAUGCCUGUGGGAUUGAAUAAAAAACAAAGAGACGAGUGGUAUAAAUCCCAUGUACCCAAACAGCAAAAUGCUCUUGUACGUUACUUCAGUAAGAAAUCGAUUAAAAAAUUAAAAGCUAUAGAAACAGUAGAAAAAAUUGAUAUAAAAAAUGAUUCUUUCACAACAAAUUCUACAUUUAUUCCUCUUUCUCUUGUUAACAGAGAAUCUGAUAUGCGUGCAGAUUAUUCUCAAGAAACAUUUGAAGGAAUAUCUCGUUCCUGGAAAACUCCUUCAAAGAUUACUGAUUUGAAUCAAAACAAAGAAAAAGAGGAAUUUUUUGUGGAUUUUGAGUUGCGACAGAAAACAAUUCAUUUCAAUAAAAAAUUAUCUGAAUGUCCUAGGGACAUUCAACUGUGGCUGGACUUUGUUUCCUUUCAAGAUGAGUUGUGUGAAAGAAACCAAAGUUCCGAUUCAAUUCCAGAGUCUUCUGUGAUAGAGAAAAAAAUUGCAAUUUUAGACAAAGCUCUAAGCCACAAUCCUAAAUCAGUUCAACUGAAUGUUGCAAAGUUAAAACUCUGCAGAAGUCUGUGGAAGUUAGAAAAAUUGAUACAAAGCUGGGAUAAUUUAGUGUUCUUGAACCCCAAUAACGUAGAAGUUUGGCAGGAAUAUUUUGUUUUCUUUUUGACGAAUGUAACAUAUUUUACCACCCCUCGAAUUUUGAAGCUCUACUGUAAAUGUCUUGCGACUCUUUCAAAUCUUAAUGAGGGCAUAAUUGAAUCACAUGAAGCACCUCCUGAUAUAGUACCUAGAAUGUUAGAUAUUUUUAGCCAAAUGUGUUUUGUUCUUAAAAGUUGUGGUUUCAUGGAGAAAGCAGUUGCGGCAUUCCAAUCUUUAAUUGAGUUCAACUUAUUUCGAGAGAAUGGUAUUGAAGUCCUUCCCCUUUCUGACCAGAUUUCAUUUCUGGAACCAUUCUGGGACAGUGGAUCGGCAAGAUUUGGAGAAGAUGGUGCUAUUGGUUGGGCAGCCACAGUUAAUGAGAGAAAAAUUACUUUCAACAAAAUUGUUACCCAGUCAGAUCUAAAUAACACUGAGGAUGACAUCCUUGACAAAAAACUUUCAAUUCAUGAAACAUGGCUCCAAUUUGAAAAGUUACGAGAACACCAUCACUGGUUGCCUUGGAAACCUAAUCCCAAUUAUGACCAAACUGAUGAUGACAUAGAUGAUACGGAAAGAAUUAUUUCCUUUGGUGAUGUAUCCAAGUAUCUCUUUCGAAUACCGAAAGAGGAAGACAAAUUUUUGUUAAUUUUUCAUUUCAUACAAUUCCUAGGUUUCAACUCACACAAUUUUGAGUGCAAUUUACCAUCCCUUAACUCUAAAUCAAUUUAUAUUGAUAUUUUCAACUUUGACAAAGUAACAGAAACUUUAAAAACUACUCUGUUUAAAAAUAUCUCUUCACCUUUAUGCUUUGAAAAGAAGGCAAUAUGUAAAGAAAAAUUUGAAUUUUUAAACAAUGUUUUCUCUCAGUCGCCAUGUGUGUUUUCAUCGAAAUUCAAAACUUUUUUAUCUUUGAUGCAAUUAAAAUUCUACCGAGAAUCUGCUUCUGAAAUUGGCAACUCGAUUAUAAAAGUGGACGAUGUAAAAAAACUUUCAAAAUCUGUUCUGCAAGAAACCGAAAAUCGUAACCGUUUAUCACUGUGGUUUGAAUUCAUAAAAAUAGAGUCAAUAAACUCAGAAAGGAAAGCAAAAAAAACUUUUGAGACUUUGAUAGGUUCUAGCUCUCAGGGUCUAGCUGCAGGAACCAUGACGACGAGAGAAAUGUGGUAUUUUAUCCGUUCUUACUUGGACUACUCUUUAGGAAUAACGGACAAAUCUUUCUGUGAUCGAAAAAUAUUUUCUCACGAGGAAAUAAUUGCUAUCCUUAUUUGUAUCGGCUGCAAAGAAAAAUACACAAAAACGUCUUCCAGUGAGUUUCUUAAACCAGUGUUCCAUUUGAGAGCUGUUUCAAAUUAUAAAAGUAUGCUUCAUCAAGAACUACAAUCUGUUGUUGGCAAGGAGUUUGAUUUCUGCUUCUGCAUUGACCCGACUUCCUAUUCAGCUUUAGACUGUGCAAAAUGUUUUGCCUUCUUACAGUAUUUUACAAAAGGUAUUGAUUCAGCUAUGAAUGUUUUUAAAGAGGUUGUUGACUAUUUUAUUGCAAAUCUCCAAAAUGUUCCUAAAACGACUCUGAUAGAGCAAAUAACAAUUUUCCAAGCUGAUUUGCUCAACUUUCAUACCUGGAAUUCUGAUUUUUCACUCAAACCUCUUCAUUCUUUCUUGCAAACGUGUGUGUCGGACUAUCCAAACAACUCAGCUCUUCUUCACUAUUUGGUGAAAUUGAAAAGUGCCUCUUCUCUUAUCAACCCCACCAGAAGAUUUUUUGCCAAAUUUCUGGAGAGAUCCUCCACUCAAAUCCAGCCACAUUCUUGGAUAUUUCUUAUAGCUUCAGAACUUACAAUAUUAAAUUCUCUAGUUUGCAAGCAAAAUACCUCUGAUGACUCUACUAAAGAAGACUUUGAUAGUUCAUUUAGUCUUGGGAUAAUGUGGAAAAUCCGAGCCUUGUAUGAAAGAAUGCUGACAUCCCCAUUAUGUUGUUAUAUCCCUCUUUUGUGGAGGUCCUACCUGAAAUUUGAAAUAUCCAAUAAGCAAAUUACAAAAGCCAAAAGCAUUUACUAUAGAGCUCUUCAAAAUUGCUGUUGGUAUAAGGAUUUAGUUCUGGAUGGAGUUGAAUUCUUUGAAGACGACUUAAAACAAGCGCUGGAUUUCAUGACUGAAAAACAAAUGAGAAUUCAUACACCUCUAGAAGAAGUGAAUUUGCUCAUAGAACACUGUGUUCAGGAGUAACAGUGAUGCAGAUUUUAACUCUUUUUUUUAAAAAUUUUGUAAGAUUUUUUCCAUAACUCAGUUCAUAAUAUUUAAAAAAAACUAAUCACUUGCUAUUAUACUUCUCCUGUACAUUUUAAGUAUGCUAAUAAAUGCAGUCAACUCCUACCCUUUGAAAGUCUAAACUUA